AUGUAACGAUAAGAGUCAUAAAAGAAUCAGGAAAUGAUAGUUAAAUUCCUUAAUUUUUGUGCUACCUUAAUUUAAAAGAAUGUAAAGGGAUACAUUUAGAGACAGAGACAUAAAAUUAUUAUGAUGCAUAUCAGAAGAUUCAAAGCUAUUUUAAAUGGAUUUAUUCAAGGUUUUUCAUCAAUUCUAAUUUAUUAGGAUAUAGGACAAGAUAAAUUAUGAAAGUUCCUGAUGUGGCUAAGUUGAGAUAAAAUAUUAUAGAAACUGAUGAUGGAAGUACAUAUAUAAAUAUUUAUUAAAAGCAUAUGGAAAUCCAUAAAUAAGAUAAAAAAAGAUAAACUUAAUAAGAAUGAUAGAUAGUUAUUUACAGAAUGGUCAAUUCUAUCAAAAACUAAAUAGAGUGAAAAGUUCUUAAAAAUAAUUCGUUCGUAAUCAAUGGUUGGAUAAUGAAUUUGUUAAUUAAGACUAAAACUAUUAAUAAAAUUAUUACAAAAAACCUUAAAAAUAAUUACCUAAACAAAAUUAAAUAGAACAAUAAUAUUAUGAUUAAUUAAUUCAAAACGAAUAUGCAGAAUAGCCACAAGCAGAUUAUUAACAAUAUAUGCAAUAACAAUCAUAAAUUCAUGAUAAAAGUCAUUCUAACUCAAAUUUAUCAGGAUAAUAUAAUCAAUCAUAAAGAUAUGAAUAUUAAUAAGAUGAAAGACCAAUUAAAUCUAAAAAUCAACACAAUUAUGUAGUUUAAGAAAGGAUAACUCCUGAACGAAAUUCAUAUGAUGAUGACAGACCCAUUUGUGGAAAGGGUAAAUAUUAAUAUCAAGAAGAUGAUAGACCAAUAAAUGCAAAAUAUACAAAUACUUAGAAUCUUUAUGAGGAUGAAAGACCUAUUAAUGCAAAAAAUAGAAAUAAUAAUUAUGAAGAUGAUAGACUCAUAACUGCAAAAAAUACAAAAGCCAUUAACUAAUAUGAGGAUGAUAGACCAAUCAAAAAAGGAAAAGAUACAUAUUAAAUAGAUUAAGAAUAAUUUCCAGAUAAUGAUAGACCAAUUGCUAGCUCUGGAUAAUAUUAAUAAUUUGAAGAUGAAAGACCAUUAGGUGGUAAAGGAUAAUAUAAUAUACCUGUUGAUGAUAUGCCAAUUAAUGGAAAAGGAACUUAUGGUGAUUUUGAAGAAGAAGCUCCUCCAAAGAAAUAAAAGCAACCUCUAAAGAAAAAAAAAGAUUAAAAGAAGGAUAAUAAAAUAAUUGAUGUACCAUAAUAAAAUAUGUAUGAUAAUUAAAAUGAAAAUGAACCCCCUUUUGGAAAAGCUUAAAAUGAUGAUUAAAAUGAUCUAGAAAAACCAAAACAAAAAAAGAAAGAUCCUAAACUCUUAGAAAAUUUAAAAAAAAGAACAAAAUAUGACCCAAGAAAAGCAAUUCAAGAAGCUAAGAAAAAAUAAGAAGAACAAUAAUAACUCGAAUAGGUUGAUGAUGAAGAAGUGAUUGAAUAAUAAUUAGAGAAAGAGGUCCUACCAUAACAAUAAUAAUAAAUACCCUAAAAAAAGUAAGUAUUAUCAUAAAAAAAUCUUUAAGAAAAACAAUAAAAAUAAUUAUCACCUAAAUCUAGUAAAUAAAAUUUCAGUGCUACUCCUGAGAGAUAAACUCCUAUGAUAGAAUAAGUAGAUGAAGGCUCUCCUAAAGAUGAUAAUUCAGAUCAAAAACCAAAAAACUUUUUAAAAAGAAAAUCUAAAUAAAUUCCAUUAAAGAAUCCAAAAGUAGAUCCAAAAACUGUUAAAUCAAAAGUUAAAAAUUGUUGGAAUGCAGGAAACACUAUUGAUGAUCCUGAACUUGAUGGUAAUGAAGAUAUCCCUUAAAGCCCUAAAGCUUAUAUAACUAAUAAAUCUCCAUCUAGAAGAUUUGAAUAAAAGGGAUCAGAAUUACAAUCAAAUUACUAAUAAUAAUUGUUAUAACAAUAAUAACUAAUAUAAUAAUAAUAAUAGAUUUAAUAAAAUAAAUCAUAAGGUCCAUUACAUGUAUAAGUUUAAUUAGUUCAAGACAAUUAAUCAUAAUAUUAAAUAAAUCCAAGUCAUUAAGCAAAUCAAUAAUUGUAAUAGUAAAAAAGAUAAUCUAUUCAACUUGAUGAAUUGGAAAGAGCAUAUUAUUCAAAAUACACAUAAAAAUUAGAAAGUAUUAAAUAUUGAUUAAUAAUUUAGCUACUAAAAUGAAUCUUAAAGUAUUGGAUUAAGAGAGAUAAGAAAAUUCAAGAGGAGUUCCUAUAAUUACAGCUAAAUCCAGAUUUUUUACUUCAUUCAGAGUUAACGAUUUCGAAAGACUCUUAGCAUAGUUAGAGGAUUAAUAUAAUAAAUUGCAAAUAUCAAAAUGA